UUUACAUUAAAGUCAAUUUUCCCUUAAACUUUUGAUAAAUUUUAAAAUUGUGUAUUUUUUUUUAAUUUCCAUUGUAAAAUGUCUAUAAAUAUAAGCACUACACUUAUGCUAAACAAAAUAUUGACCACUCAACUGGAAUUAGAAGAGUUAAAAUUCAACAUCGACAAUAUGUUUUUAGUUAUCAAUGGAAUAAUUGUAUCCUUUAUGCAAGUCGGAUUUGCAUGUUUAGAAGCUGGUUGUGUGCAGCCCAAAAACGUGACUAACAUUUUGAUGAAAAAUGUGUUGGAUUUAUUCAUCUGUGCCAUAUCGUACUGGCUGGUCGGAUAUGGGUUGGCGUAUGGUGGCGGUGGUUGUGGAUAUUACGGCAAGGAAUACUUUGCGGGUGUCGGCAUGCGGUCGGAACAUAACGGCGUGUGGUUCUUCCAAUACGUGUUCGCUGCGACAGCAGCAACCAUCAUAUCCGGAGCUGUGGCCGAGAGGUGCAAUUUCAUCGCCUACAUAUUCUACAGCGUUAUCGUAUCGGGUGUGACGUAUCCAAUUGCCUCGCACUGGACUUGGUCACCCGACGGUUGGUUACUGAAAUUGGGGUAUUCCGAUUUUUCCGGCGCAGGGACUGUGCACAUGCUAGCGGGCACCUGUUCGUUCAUCGCAGCCUUGUUUAUCGGACCCCGGAACGGACGUUUUAGUACCAUCGCUCCGAACGAAUACAACGGGCACUCUACUCUAGUGGCCACCGGGACCCUAUUGCUCAUAUCAGGAUUCCUGUCGUUCAACGGUGCGUCCCUGGGGCAUAUUACCCAACCUGGCGAUGGACUCAUAGUGGCAAAUAGCGUAGCCAACACCAUUUUCGGUGGCAGUGGUGCGGCAGUAGUAAUGUUGAUUUUGGCCAAAACUGGUCUGGUUGGCGAGUCCAGGUGGCCGUUUGCGAUGACCAUCAAUGCCGUUUUGAACGGAAUGGUCUCGGUGUGCGGAGGUGUCAACGAAUACACACAUUUAUCUGCAAUGAUGGUCGGCAUGAUUGGUUGUAUUAUUUAUUUAGUGUUGCAAUGGAUUGUUCCCCGUUUAAAAGUGGAUGAUCCGCUAGAAACAACUGCCGUCCAUUUUGGAGGUGGAUUAUGGGGAGUAAUAGCUACACCACUUUUUGUGAAAGGAGGAUUUUGGAACAACCCAGAUUCUAUGCCAUUAUUGAAAUCGAAUCUAAUCGGCGCUGUAUCGAUUAUUUUAUGGUCAGUAGUAAACAGUGCAAUAUUAUUCGGAUUUCUUAGAGUGUUUGACCUACUCCGAGUGUCUACAGACAAAGAGAUUAUGGGUUUGGACAUGAGUCUUCAUAAGGAACAAGCAUACCCAGUGACUAAGAUUUCUAUUGAAAAUGGACAUAAAAUGAACAACAACAAAACCACAGUCAUCAGACACGCCUAUGAUAAUGUGGCAAUGCAACACACCCUCCAACAAUGAGAAGAUAUUUUACCAUUUGUAUGACAACAAUACCGUGAAUACCUAUAAGAUCUCAUAGAGUCGUAGAAAAUUAAUACGUGUAAUAUAAUAAUAUGAUUGGUGUAUUAUAAUUAUAAUAUAUAUAUAUUUAUAUAUUGUGUUAAAUGUUCUACCAGUCAAUGCGUAUUACCACGGUAUAGGUGGUAACGGGGGUAAUAUAAUAUUAUAAUACAUGUUAAGUAUAUGUUUAUUACAUAGGUAGUACGUGUGUUGCUCAGGUCACCAACUGCCAACAGUGGCGAUGGCAUUCCCUGAUGCCCAUUAUUAGGAUUUAUAGGAGGAACGUUGGACACAAAAUAGAUUUAAUUUUUAAGGGGUUGUAUUAGUGGCGUAGCCAGGAUUUUAAAAUGGGGGGGGGUGGCUAACCCAAAACACUAAAAAAAUAUAAUUUACAAUAACAGUUCAUUUUUAUAUUAGGUUCAUACAGCCGAUAGAGGGCAUAGUCUACAGCCCCUCUCCCAUGGCUACGCCACUGGGGUUGUAUCCCCUCUCCCCUUAUUAGUACCUAUAUAGAGCUGUCAUUAAUUACGUAUUACUUAAUUGGUACCUACUAUAUCCACUGCUUCUAUGUGUAUUGAGGAUUAACUACAGAGUCUUACACAACCAUAUCAAACGUCUGGUAAUUAGUAGAUAUAUCUGCAGUUAGUAAGCUUGUGUGUAAUUAGUUAUCCUUAUCAUUUAUCAUAUUAAGCUGCGUUAGAUUGUGUAAUGCUUAUAUAUACAACGCGGAGUCUUAACAAUAAUAAUAUAUACCCAUUUACAUAUUAUCUACUAUCUAGCUAGGUAUCUAGUAGUAAAUUUAUAAUAAGUAUGGACUAAGAUACACUUAAGCCUUAUUUCUUAGUCAAUGAUUAUAAGAUAAUAACAAUUUUAUUCGGUGGAUGGGGGAUGAAAGAAUGAGUGUUAGAACUUUUACAGCAGUAAAGCUCAGCUAAUUGUUUGUUUGGCUUUUGCUUUUACCUAUAUAUAAAUUCACUAAAAUAGGGAAAUAUAAUAUGAUUACUUACAAUAUCCUUCCAUUCCCUUUAUAAAAGGGAAUCAAAUAAAAUUACACAGCUUUACAGUAUGCCUACCGCGAGUCAUCGUCAAAAAUUACGUUUUCCAAACCAUUAUUGUAUAGAUAUAUAUUAUAAAUUACUUUCAAGAAUAAUAUGUUUUUGAUUUAAUACCUAUCCAUUUAAUCUAAAUUGUUAGGUACAAAUGUACAAUAACAUAAACUAGGCAAAGCUCGAAUCAUUAUUUAUACUGGUACUUACAUAUUAUUGUUCAUGUUCAUAAUGGCGAGAGACUGAGAGAAUCUAAACUGCAUUUUAUGCCUACUAGCUGUUAUUUAUAUAGUUAUAUGGCUACCUAUAUAUUCGGGUUUUUAAGGAUUGUUUUUUACCAAUAAUAAACUGUAUUACUGGCUCAUUCAUAUAUAGCCAUAUAAGUUAUAACUAUAUAGGUACUUUAUUUCGGAUGAUUAAAAAUGUAUUCAUAUUUCA